AUGGACACCUCUCCACCAACAGUACAGUAUAAUGAAUCUGAUUGCCGUGAAAUGCGUGUAAUCUCGACAUCAACGCAUUUAUUGGCUGUACUGUUCGCACAAACUAUUAUCUCAAUUAUUUCACUCCCGUUGUUGAUUAUUGCAAUUCGUGACGUUCUCCGAAUUGCACUUAUUCAUUUCAACACAAAACUCAUUAUCAUAGUCUAUAUCGGAGGAUUAAUGGUUCAUUCAUUAUCGAGAAUCACGCUGCAUACAACGGAUCUGGUCGUCUAUCUAUCCUCACAUGAAUCUGAUUGUGACAUGUUCCCUUCUUUCUUGCGAUGUUUAUUGAUGCGUAUUCCACUGGUUGCUUCCCUAACUUUUGUUUGCACCUCGAAUCUUAUGAUUGCAAUGGAACGACACGUCUCUACAUACAAGGCGAAAACUUACGAAUCCAACAGAUCAGUUGGAUUUCUACUAGUUGGACUUCAGGCCAUCAUUGCUGGUACUCUUGUGUUCGUAAUGUACUCGGGAACAAAAUUCAAUUUAAACACGAGACUCUUCUAUUGCCUCGCAACAGCGGCAGAUCACCCUUUCAGAACGAUUGCUCCAAUUAGUACACUCAUUAUCUUGCAAUUUUCUGCAAUGAUCAUUCUCAAAGUGACUGAACGAGAAAACACGAAGAGAUCAAUCGAACAGCGGCUGAAUCCAGAUUUAAAAGUGCGCUACAACGUCGGUGAAAACUUAAGGACAAUAACCAUUGUGAUUCCUUUUUGUUAUUCAUGCUGCUUCUUUACGACAUUGUUUACCCUUGUCUCCUGCUUCGUUAUAUUUUUCAAUCAUAUCUUUGAGAAACCGAUGUACUUUGCUCUCCUUGAAGCAAGUCUACUGUUGCCUGUGUACAGUCUUAUGGUGCCAGGGCUUAUACGGAGGAUGAACAGACGAGUUAAUCAAAAGAACCGUUCCGCACUCCAACAUCAUAUCAACUCUUCAAAAAGUGUUAGUGUUACUUCAGUCUAUUUCGACCCAUCAACAUGGGCAUGGAUGAAUGAACGAGAAGAGGAGAAAACGAAGGCAGCUCAUCACGAAAUUGACGAUGUUGGGGUCUCUUUGAGAAAACAUAGAGUUCGGGAUGUAAAUAGUGAACAUUAG